CUUUCACUGACUCUCUCUCUCUUUCUAUACACACACACACUCUCCCAUACAUUCUCUCUCAGCUCCUCUGCCUUUGGUGGUGGGGGUAAGUGAGUGAAAGAUGAUGGAGUGGGAGAAGCAGCAGCAGCAGCAGCAGCAGGUGGGUGAGGGCGGCCAGCACGGCGACGGUGCGGCCGGGGUCGGGGUUGCGGGCGGCGCCAAUGGGGUGCCGUACGUCAAGGUGAUGACGGACGAGCAGCUCGAGACCCUCCGGAAGCAGAUCGCCAUUUACGCUUCCAUCUGCGAGCAGCUCGUCGAGAUGCACAAAACCCUAACAGCCCAGCAAGAUCUCGCCGGAGUUAGGCUUGGGAAUUUGUACUGUGACUCAUUGGUGAAUUCAGGGCACAAAAUUACUGCUAGGCAGCGAUGGACUCCGACACCUGUGCAGCUUCAAAUUCUUGAGCGCAUUUUCAAUCAAGGAAAUGGAACUCCAAGCAAGCAAAAGAUUAAAGAGAUCACUUCUGAACUGAGCCAGCAUGGUCAAAUUUCUGAGACUAAUGUCUACAAUUGGUUCCAGAACAGGCGGGCUCGAUCGAAAAGGAAGCAACAGAAUUCAGCCCCCAACAAUGCGGAGUCUGAAGCAGACACUGAGGUUGAGUCAAGGUCACCGAAGGAGGAAAAGACAAACUCAGAAAUGUUCCAGUCCCAACAAAAUCAAGCUCCUAGGGCGGAAGACUUGUGUUUUCAGAGCCCCGAGAUAAGCUCUGAGCUGCACUUUGUAGAUUCACAAACCACGAAAGUUGAGAGCAUGUUCCCUUCAGACGGCAGUCUAAGACCUGGGACUCGAAACUUCGGGCAGAUGCCUUUCUAUGAUGGAAUUCUAUCAAACCCUGAAAUAUGGUUGUAAAAAAACUCUACCAGAUUGCCGAAUGGUGAUAUCGUUGAUAUGGAAACGAACAUUUUAAUGGGAAGAUGGAAAUUCCUGGGGGCUACAAUCUGUACCAGCAUCCUGAAGACUUUCAGCAUCCUGAAGACUAUGGCAGGACCGGGUAAGAAGUGUCUUACUCUCGGGAAUCUCUCUCUUCUCUUCUGAAGUUUUAACUCCAUGCUUUAUUAAAGGCCGUUGUUGGUCCAUGGAAACGAGCUUUACUUCUCUCAUAUAUUAGCAGAAAUCAGUAUACAGUUUGUGUUGAUAUGAGACUUUUCUGGAAGAUGGCUUGAUGGCUUGAUAUCAUAGGGUUUGACCUAUUACGAGAUAGUUUGGUUUGGGUUUGAAUGGACCAAUCUUCGGCGCAGUUGGUAUGUUUUGUUAAUAGUGAAACUGCUCUAAGUUUGCCAUUCAGUGUACUCUGAGAUGACUCUCCUCGUUUAUAUAUUUCAAUUUUCUUUUCUUUCUCUUUUCGUGA